AAAAUGCACCACCCUUCCAACACAAGCAGAAACAAUAACCUACAACUGUCAAAGUAUCCCCAAAAAAAGCAAAUUGUGUUUUGAAACAACUUUUCUUCAUUCGGCCCCUAUCAAUUAUUCUAAUUAGUCCUCGAAAGUUGAACUUCACGUUUUCUAAUGAUUUUAUGCCUUACUUAGCUCGGGUAAAACAUGGCAAACAACAGCUAUUACUUUGUUAUUGUAGGGCACAAUGAUAAUCCUAUAUUUGAAAUGGACUUUCCACCUAUUCCCAAAGAGCAGAAGAAAGAAGAUCAUCGUCACCUCAAUGAAUUUGUAGCACACGCUGCUCUUGAUUUGGUCGAUGAGCACAUGUGGAAAACUAGUGGAAUGUACCUUAAAUCUGUUGACAAAUUUAAUCAAUGGAUUGUAUCUGCCUUUGUUACUGCAAGCCGCAUGAGAUUUAUCAUGGUUCAUGAUGCUAAAAACGAGGAUGGUAUCAAGAACUUUUUUAUGGAGAUGUAUGAAAGUUAUAUCAAGUAUUCUAUGAACCCUUUUUAUACAAUAAACACACCUAUACAAUGUCCGGCAUUUGAGAAGAAGGCAUUGUUUUACAGUCGUAAAUAUCUUACCGGUUGAACAAUUGUCUUUUUAUUAUUAUUAUUAUUAUCUGUUCUUGUUGUAUAAAUGAAAGUCACAUUCCAUUCUAAUUUGAGUACUGAGACAUGGAAAAAGUGUGCAGUUGUAUCUUAGGCCAUUUUAUUUUAAAAUAACUGUGGCAUGUGGCCUACCUGCUUAAAAUCAUCUUACUAAAUAUUUGUAAGUCAUUUACAACAUUGUCAGAUUUUACAUACAUGUUGAUUUAUUUUUUUUGUAAUGCACAUUGUUACACCAUA